UCCAAGUUAAAGAUAAAUUCGAAUCUCAAUGUUUCCUAUGCUUUUUUACCUACAGGGGCACAUGGAGAUGCAUAUUUAUUUUUAACUUUGAUUAAUAACAUUUUUUUAACUAUAUUUUGGCCCUGUGGAUUCCUCUGAGCCCUACUGUUUGUAGUACAUCCUGGUUUGCCGCUCCCUAAAGCUGGGGAUCUGGGAAAUGAAAGACCUAUCAAUGUCUUUUUUGUUGAAAGUUAAGUAAAUUAUUAUGCAGGCUGAGAGGGGUUCCCAAACUUUUUCAUAUGACUGUAUAUGGGUUCUAACUAGGAAUAAAAAAAGUCACCUCAGUGACUGCACUGGGCACAUCUGUAUUAAAAUUAUCAGCUUUCUGUUAUGCAUAAAGUUCUGGCACUUUAUAAAUGCUUGUUGAUAAUAAUCCUAAUAAUACAAUGGUUUACACUAAAUAGAGUGCAUGAGUUCUUUUGCUAGGGAGCAUUGCAUAGGCAUUGCUGCUAAGGAGCCCAAUGAUCAAAAAUCUCAGGCUUUUAAAGGACAAGUAAAGGCUUAAUCACUGACGUGGCAAUUUGUUAGGCACCCAUUUUUAACCCUUUCAACACAGAUUUCAACACUUUUUUUCAGUUUAGUUGUCUUCAGAUAGUUCACCAGAAAUAAAUACUUAUUUCAGUUGCUUUCUAUUUGUGUCUGUUUUUCUAGUAGGAACAUUUAAUUUUUCACCUUUUUAGGUCUUUCUAAAGCAGUUUUGGGAGAGGGGCUCUUCCAGUCUACUCUAUAAACUGUUCUAAAUGAUACAAUAGUUGAUGCAUUUCUUAUCUUUGUCCCUGCUGAGCAGAAUCCCCAAAUUACAUUAAUGGCAUCUGUAAAUUGUAGCAGUUCAGAAUCUGCAAUCCAGGUGGUGAGCCAUCUCAUUGAUAAACCAGACACAGGAAUAUUAAACUGCAGUUUUGGGGAGAUAAAAAUGGCAAAAAAUAAAAAAAGGAAAGCAAUUUUUGGUGAAUAAUCCGAAAACUACUGAACUAAAAAAAGCAUUUGGAAGGUGAACCACCCCUUUAAUAACUCAAAAAAAAAAAACCCCACCAGCCUGGGGUUCUAUUCUAGCAAGUGCUGCACUGCCAUCUUGCCUCCUGGCCCACAACCCUUGCAGUUCCCAUUAGCUGGGCAUAUACACAGUAUAGUAAAAGUUUGUCUUUUUACCGCCCAAUUUCCAAUUUUUCUCUACUGCACAUGUGCACAGUCCAGUGCAGUUACAAGGGAUUAGUGAGACACAAUAUGAGAUGGAAGUGCUCACCAUAAUAGCACUCAGACUGGUGAACUGCCCACCUGCUCUAUCAGCACCCAAGCCAAAAAUCUGUGUACCCUCCACUGCCUCCCAGCACUCUUCUUCACCCUUAUUUUCACACAGGUGCGGUGCUUUCAACAGUGGUGUAAAAAAAAAAUUUCUGUGUCCCAAUGCUCCCCCCCCCCUUUUUGUGCUGAAAUCAUAUGGUGGGGUCACCCACCAGCCCCAUGUAGAGAAAGAAGCACAGUAAGAUGCAGAUUAUAAUGAAUUAUGUGCCUGCUACUAAAGUUUACAAAGAUAUUUAAAUACAUGACCUGUAUAUGGACACGCAACACCUUGGUGACUUUAAAUAUGUUUCUAGGUAAGUAUAUAGAAGGGGCACAUUCUCAUAUGUAUAUUAAUCCAUAGUAACACUUCAUUGUGAAAACAUGGUGAUUGUGUAGCUCCUCUCUGUGAACCAUUGUUUUGGCUGCAUAUAUGAAUUCUAGGGGUAAGCACAACCAGUAAGACAUGAAUCUUCUGGGCUUUUUAUGUCACUAAAGAAUAAUGAGUGUUCUAGUGUAGCGGCCCUUAAGUGUAGUGCAAGUUAUAUCUCGCAUUUUCCUUUUUAUGAUGCAUACACGCACAACUAAAACGGUGUUAAAUUGCGUUAUUAGACAUGUAUCCAUUGCAGAUAACUGGUACUCUUGUGCAGGUCUGGACUGAGAAUCAAAAUAGGCCCUGGCAUUUCAGGUUCACAGAGGCCCGAUCAGCCUCAACCAGCCCACUAAAUACUGACUUUCUAUGGCACCUUAUAGCAUUUGCCAGAACCCACAGAUUUCCAGUCCAGGCCUGCUCUUGUGCAAACAAUCAAAAUCCUCACAACCUCUGCUGCUUCUUAUAGUUAUUAACAGUUUAUCUGAAUUAUAUCACUUUUCUGUAUGUAGACAUCCAUGCAUUUGCUUUGCUGCAUAUCCGUGAAAUCUACCAUGGUCACUAGGGCAAAGAUCAUGUAGCUUCAAGUGACAUCAGGGCUCCCACAGCAGGAUCAUCUAAGAGGUUUAAUUAAACUAAGGAAAAUUGAUCAAGUCUUUGCAUAUUCUCUGAGGAAUUGAACAGGUUAACUGGAAUACCUUCAUAAGCUGAGAAUGACCCCUACCACCAACAGGGAUCCUGUUUCAAGCACAGACAGCAAUAUUGGCCUUGUGUGUUUGCCACCCAUCUCUGAUGACCUGCAAUUGAUCUGGACUCGGGCAGAGCUGACCAAUGAACUAGAUGAUCACCAACAGUUACUCCACACCUUCAGUUACUUCCCUUAUCCUAGCAUACCUGAGAUUGCUUUGCUGUGCAUGCGCAAUGGUCUACAAAUGGAAAAGGUCAAGUCAUGGUUUAUGGUACAGCGGAUCCGCUGUGGUAUCAGCUGGUCAUCUGAAGAAAUUGAAGAGACCCGUUCACGUCUACUAUUCAAUCAAGACAAGCUUUAUUUUGAACCUUUGCUUACAUUGGCCAAAGAAUCUGGUAUAUCUCCUACACCUGAAAAAUUAAAAGUUCAGUCUCCAAAGAGCAGCAAAAGGCAAAACAUGACAACUCCACAAACUUCCCCAUGUUUCGAUCACGCUGUACCAGAAGCAAAAAGGCUCAAAACAGAGGGUGUGGCUUCAGAGACUGAAUCUAUAAAGGUUAAUACGCACAUGAUGCAUAGUUCAGAUAAGAAAUGGGAUCCAUCAGAGACACAACAAGAGCAUGGACACUCCUCAAGUGUUCUUGGUCAUGGGCUUCUGAUUGGUGAAGAUGGGACAGAAGUUAGCCCGGCUGUUGAAUGCAUUCCGUCUGAGGAAGAGCUUUUGAAAGAGACCACUUCAUUCUGCUAUCCAGAGGGUCUUUCCACAUUGCAGGAUUAUUAUGGUCUUCGAGAGCAGAGUAGGGGGUCUUCUACUCCAGGCAUGAGGCGACAGCGGAAAACCAAAGAACAGCUAGCAAUUCUCAAGUCUUUCUUUGUGAAGUGUCAGUGGGCUGGUCGGGAAGACUACAAAAAGCUAGAGGAAAUAACAGGGUUACCAAGAACAGAGAUCAUACAGUGGUUUGGGGAUACCCGUUAUGGACUUAAACAUGGCCAACUGAAAUGGUUCAGAGAGAGUGCUCAGGAGCAGCCUACUUGGUUAGAACCACAACAUCUUAUUUCUCAAAAUGGAAAUGAAGUUGAGUCAAUGCCUGGAGAAAUGUCUUCUUUAACACCUGCGUUUGGAGAGCUGGGAGCAGACAACAGAAGUACAGUUCAGUCCAUAAAGAAUUCAGGGGCAAAUCUCAGGGCAUCACCUGUAACCCUGAUAGCAGCAACAUCUAGUAAGACCUCUCUGAAAUUCUUGGCAAAUUCACCAGAAAUCAAGGAUGGUAAGCAGGAAGUUUCUUUAGGAUCAGUUCUGCAGGAUGAUUCAGGUGCAGAUGUUCAGUUUGCAAACACUUCAGGUUCUGAACAACAGUUGGCACCUUCAGCUUUACAGACUAUGAAGAAAAAUUCAUCGGCCUCUCCUGCUCAGACAUCCAGUCAAAGGGUGAAAUAUUUUUUGUUAGAAACGUCUAAAGAACAAGCUGAGGUAGAUGACGAAGAGGAGAGGUGUGUUGUGGAAGUGAUUGAGGGUGAAGAUGAUGAUGAUUAUGAUGAUGAUGAUGUGAUUAGUCAGGACUAAAUGCUCGUUUGUUUUCAAGCAAUCCUGACUGCAUACAGGUCUAUAGGUGUUACACACUAUAAAGUCACCAGCAUGAAUGCCAUCAGUAGGAUUCACUGUACAUCACUUUCUUUUCUUACUUGAUUUCUAUAGUAACCUACUUCGAGUAAUGGCAGCGUGCACUUGGUAUAGCUAAAUGGAGAACUAGAAAGGCCCGCUGUACAUACACUGCGUUGUAAUCUUUUAUGUAGGAGUUUUAUUAUUCAGAACCUACGUUCAGUUUGAAAUCCUCGUUUGUAUCACAGCAGCCAAGAACAUUUGUUUUUAUUACCACUGAGUGAAUUUUUUUGACUUGGCUACUGAAGACAUCUUCACAACAGCGCAAGAGUAGCCCUGACAUUCUAUUAUCUUUUAUUUCUCAGUGCAGUCUGUGACUAGUAAUUGUAUAAUAGAAGCUCCAGUACUGCCCUGAAACCUAGUUCCUAGUCUUUGCAGCAUAUUUACAGCAUUUUAAUAAAUAACCUGAAAAGGCCACAUGCUUCAAACUCUGUUGAAGGGGAAAUUUAAAUAGUAUAUACUGCUUAAAGCAAAUGGCUACUGAGUAGAGCUGGUGUAUUGCCCCUGUGGUGUAGCAGCUCUGUGCAAAAGAAAGCCAAGCCCUGCAAAUGUCUUGCUUACUAGGCUGCUUGAAUCUUACUUCCCUGAGACAAUUGUACAGCACAUUAACACUGCAGGGUAUCAGAAUUUGUAGGCAAAUUGUAUACAUAUGUUUAUUAAGGUUGUUUGUGCUAGGGAAUCUGUUUUGUACACUUUCCUGUUGGUCGGCACAAUCUCUGGUAAUACCUUUUGCAGUAUAGAGUAGUCCGUUCCUGCAGAGAAUCCGCAAUCGGUUGUAUUUUCUGGUCCUUGACCUAUAGAGGACCUUGUGAGCUGUUCUUAUAAAGUCUAAACUAAAUGGAAAGCUCAGUUUGUGAUCCUGUGUUUUAAUGAGUAUUCCGUGCAUAGCAGUUACAGGGCCUAUACCAGUGUACCCCUAUAUAACAAUGUUUCUUAUAAACUGCAUGAUAGGGAGGGGUGUUCAUUUGUACCUAGUUUUUAAAGACUUUGUCUAAACCUUGUGUGACAGUCAACACACAACACCAUAGCCAAUUCUGAAUUCUGUGUGUGUAUAGCAAAUUUUCUGUGGGAUCCACAAUUGGCACUGGUGUGAUAACCUGUGCAAGAGCACACUGACCUAUUCACUUGGUUAUAAGCACAGCCAAUGACAUUUGAUUUCUCCAGGUGAAUCUGAUUAGCAUACAAUACAUUCCUUUUCACUUACAAAUCGCAAAGAUAUCAGCCUCCCGGAAUAAUGGCUUUCCAUUAAGUUUUUACCAUACCCACCUACUGUAUCAGUUAUUAAUAAUUAGCAUGUAUCCACCCCUGCCUGGUGUAUAAGGGCAGAGACACACAUGGAGAUUCAGGGAGAUCAGUGGCCCAGCGACAAAUCACCUCUUCUUCUGGGUGACUAAUCUCCCCGCAAUGCCUUCCCGCCGGCUAGAAUCUCUGGCGGGAUGGCACUCGGAUCGCUUUGUUUUUCGAAGUUUCCUCGUGAGGCGACUUCAUAAAACGAAUCGCUCCGAGUGCCAUCCAACCGGUGAUUUAGAUUCUAGCCAGCGGGAAGACAGUUAGGGGAGAUUUCUCCCCGAAUCUCCACGUGUGUUUCUGCCUUAAUGUGGGUGACCCCCUGAUAAUCCGGGUGGGUAGAGCACUCUUGAUUAAGUGUUAUCUGGCUGCUCUGUGUUGAUAAUGUAUUGAAUGUAUGUCUGCCCAAAAUAAGUAACCAAUGAAUUACAACACAAUUACUUCAAGAGCCAUCUAUUCAGUCUGAUUUUCAGUACAGUAAAUCUCUGAGUGUUGUCAUCCGAUAUCUAUUAGUAGCAAACAUUACUCCAAUGUUUUUUACUUCUAAUGUACCGUAGGUAUUUUUACAAACAGAAAUGAAGCUUGUUUCCUUGCAGCACAUAGGAGCAUUUGCAAAUAUUGGGUGCACUGGGGCAAUCACCAUUAAUUGGCCAAAAAUGCUUCCUUUUGUGUAGUAGUUAAUGUAUAGUACAGGCAUUUUAACACAAUACUAAGCUGUUUUUAUUGUUUUCGUAUUGCUGGACAUCUGUAUCUGUGUACUAUGUUUUAUACAGGUCUGUGAUCCGUUAUCCAGAAAGCUCCAUUUUAAUAAAAUAAUUCAAAUUUUGAAAAA